CGGCCGCCGGGAGCUGAUAAAAGGCGUCGCUGCCGGCGCUCGGUGCCGCUCCCGCUCCGCCGCUCGCUGCGCUCCGCCGCCGCCGCCGCCGCCCAUGGUGCUGCCCGGCCCGCCCGGCAUGUCCCGCUCCGAGGAGGUUCACCGCCUCACCGAGAAUGUCUACAAGACGAUUAUGGAGCAGUUCAAUCCCAGCCUCAGGAAUUUCAUUUCUAUGGGGAAGACCUAUGAAAAAGCCUUAGCAAGUAUGACAUAUGCAGCGAAAGGAUACUUUGAUGCUCUGGUUAAGAUGGGAGAGUUGGCCAGUGAAAGCCAAGGAUCUAAAGAGCUGGGAGAUGUGCUCUUCCAGAUGGCAGAGGUGCACCGGCAGAUCCAGAACCAGCUGGAGGAGAUGCUCAAGUCCUUCCACAACGAGCUCCUGACGCAGCUGGAGCAGAAGGUGGAGCUGGACUCCCGGUACCUGAGUGCUGCGCUGAAAAAAUACCAGACAGAGCAAAGGAGCAAAGGGGACUCGCUCGACAAGUGCCAGGCAGAGCUGAAGAAGCUUCGGAAGAAGAGCCAAGGCAGCAAAAACCCCCAGAAGUACUCUGACAAGGAGCUGCAGUACAUCGAAGCCAUCAGCAACAAGCAAGGUGAGCUGGAAAACUACGUCUCUGAUGGCUAUAAGACAGCUCUCACGGAAGAGAGGAGACGGUUCUGCUUCCUGGUGGAGAAACAGUGUGCAGUAGCCAAGAGUGCGAUCACCUACCAUGCCAAGGGGAAGGAGAUGCUGACACAGAAGCUGCCGCUGUGGCAGCAGUCCUGCUCGGAUCCCAACAAGAUCCCGGACCGCGCUAUCCAACUGAUGCAGCAGAUGGCUGCCAGCAGCAAUGGCACCAUUAUGCCCAGCCCUCUGUCUACAUCCAAAUCCAACCUCAUCAUCUCUGACCCCAUCCCUGGUGCCAAACCUCUCCCUGUCCCCCCGGAGCUGGCACCUUUUGUAGGACGCAUGUCGGCGCAGGAGGCCAUGCCGGUGAUGAACGGAGUCUCAGGCCCAGACAGUGACGGGUACAACCACUGGUCUGAGAUGAAGCCAGCACAGCCCAAAUCUUUAUCUCCUCCCCAGCCUCAGAAGCAGCUGAGUGACUCUUACUCCAACACACUCCCAGUUCGCAAAAACGUGCCACCGAAAAACAGCUACGCCUCAGCUGAAAACAAGACACUGCCACGGUCCAGCUCCAUGGCCGCAGGGCUCGAGAGGAACGGCAGGACGAGGGUGCAGGCCAUUUUCUCUCACGCUGCCGGAGAUAACAGCACCCUCCUGAGCUUCAAGGAGGGCGAUCUCAUCACGCUGCUGGUGCCCGAGGCGCGGGACGGCUGGCACUAUGGGGAGAGUGAGAAAACAAAGCUGAGGGGCUGGUUUCCUUUCUCCUACACACGGGUCCUUGACAAUGAUGGCAGCGAGCGGGUCCACACGAGCCUGCAGCAAGGGAAGAGCAGCAGCACCGGCAACCUGCUGGACAAGGACGACAUCGCCAUCCCACCGCCGGACUACGGCAUGGCCUCCCAAGCCUUCCCGGCACAAGGUGCCAACACCUUCAAGCAGAGGCCGUACAGCGUGGCCGUGCCCGCCUUCUCCCAGGACUACCUAAUGCCCUAUGGUUGUGCAAUUAAAGACUAUUCCAGUGGCCUCUGCCAACCACCCUCCGCCCACUACAAGCCUUACACUAGGUCGACAGCAGGUCUUGAUGACUACGGGACGAGGUCGGUCAGCAGCCCUGAUGUUGAAGUGGCCAGGUUUUGAGCUGCCCCUGCCCGUAGUUAAAACCCCUUUGCCAACGUCCAGCUGAAGCCAACGGUGACCAACGACCGCUCGGCGCCGCUCAUCAGCUGAUGCCGCGCCGGUGCCCGCUGUGCCGCGCGGCACCCGCCGCCUGCUCCUCACCACUGCAUGUCCGCCCGCCAGGACUUCAUCUUCAGGCGGAGUUUAUUUAACCCUGCUGCUUUGAAAGCCAAAGGCUCCCGCUAGUGCCCCAGUUCUUGCUCCUCUAGACCCAGCUUGCUCCCCUCGGUGCCAGAGGGUUAAACCACUGCCCAUAGCCUUGUCCUUUGCUGCACAACAGCAGCAAGUCCCGUAAGCAAGUUUGCUUCUAGGCUUAGCAGCAGCUCACCAUGACUGGGAGAAUGGCCUCAGCUGGAAAACAGCUCUCCAGAGGCGAGCUGUGCUUCGGAGCAGCAACGGCACUGGGGAGAUGGUCUCUCUGCUCCCCCUGCCCAGCCGGAGGGACCCCUGGUACAGGCAGCAUAGCCGGGAUACCCUGUGCAAGCCAAAGGGGUGGUGGGUGCCGUAGGCAGCUCCCAGCUCCUGCUAGAGCCCAGUUUCCAGGCUGGGAGGUGGUGGGACACUGGUGCCACAGCCCCUGCCGGGCCGGGGACGGCUCCGGUCUGUGGGUGCAGUUGGGAAUUACGGUACUGCUGUAAAAUAUAAGCUAGGAAAAAUGAUCCUUUUGGGGUGAGGGCUCUGUUUAAGCGUGCCUUGGGGUGCCUGGGUGCCCAGCGGGCGAAGGGGCACCCUGCUCCCCGCAGACAGGCUCUCCCAUCCAGACCUCUUGCUUGGCUGUUUGCUCUUCCUCUGUUACUAGAGCUGCAUGAGAGAAAGAGAUAGAUAUAGGUUAAAAAAAGAGAAAUAUAUCUAUAUAUACACACACACUUGUUAAGCUCAUUGCAGGGAUGUGCGCCCACGAGCAAGCUGCCUCCUGGGCCGAUCCCACAGCUCCCGCUGCCGCUCGCCCCGAGCCAGCACGGGGUCCACAUCCUCACUAUGGAAACGGGGAGAAGAGGGUUUUCCAGGCAGGAACCGCGUCUCCUGUGGGCGAGCGGUUGAAGGCUGGGCAGAGCCCUCGGAGAGUUUGCCUUUUCCAUUGUGUUUGUCAUAUUUGCACUUUGUACUCGCAAGUGCAGCGGGUGCUCUGCUGCGCACCGGGAGCCUUGGGCACACGGGUGGCUGCUGGUGGGUCUCCGUGCAGGCAGGGCUCUUGCCCACUCAGACGCGAUGGCUCGUGGCUACUGUGUCCCCUCCGAUGGCUCUUGCUGCAGUUCAGUGGUCCAUGCGCUGCUGCUUCGUUUCCUGGGGCUGGAGCAGAUGGAUGGGGACCACACGGGGCAGGAGCAAGGGGCUGGGGAGCAGAGCAGCAGAUUAGGGGGGCGUCACAGCCCAGGAGGCGGAUGCCUGGGUUCCCCUUGGCCACUGGCCCAGCGUUGUCCUCUUCUAGCCCUGCCCCAGGACCCCUGUGCAGCCCCCUCAGGCUCCAGCCAGCCCCUGGGGCUCCUUUGCACCUCCUUCAGUUGUGGCACCUGCAAGAUGUAACCUGAAAUAAUUUUUUUUUAUGAGAAAAAUAUAUAAUUUAUGAACAAGAAAAUCCUCCCCCCCCCUCGGUGUUCCCCUUGGCUGGAGGCAUCCGCCUGGCCCUGGAGCAUCCUCGGUCUCCAUCCCGAGCCACCCCAGUCCCAGCCUUGGGCAAUGAUCCGGGCAGGAAACGGCUUAAGAUAUUUUAAAAACUUUAUUAUUGGCCCGAUGCUAUUUGACACACAUGCUGGGAGCUGUAUGGAAAUCAGCACUGAUAAAAAAUACAGCGAUUAUGACCCGUAUUGGUAAAAUAGACAAUGUAAUAAUAGCCUUUCUAUUAAAAACAACUCUCCAAGA